AUGAAAGUAGAAGUGAUAGAUCUCUCUGCGACCCAAGCGCAGGAUCCUUUGGAUGAGGAAGAGCCCAAGGAGCAGGAGGUCUUUGAGACGAGCGACAACGAAGGGCUCGUUGACGAGGAGACAGAUGAGGCGAGGCAGGACCAGGAGGUGGUAAGCGAUCCCGUGGCCUCUCAGGACGAGGCACGGACAGUGUUCGAGAGCACGGUGGUGGUUUCGACGGGUGACUUUUCGGGACGGAUUGAUCGGUGCGCGGAUCUGUGCAGGACCGGCCGGGCCGACGAGAGCGUGGACCAGCGACUGGCGCGGAUCGGGCGGGAGCUGCAGGAAAUAGAGCUGGAACGGGGGGCAGAGGAGUACGCUGACGAGGCGCAGGGGUUGCAGGAGAUGUACCGGGCGCUGGAGCGCGAGCGCGCGCGGGAGCUGGGACGGAUGCAGGCGCGGCUGCAGCUGGCGCCGUCGGAGGAGGGCGCGGUGCGCCUGCCGCGCGUGACGCUAGACGCGGGCGACUGCGAGCGGAUUGUGGAGCUGGAGCGCAAGAUUGCUAGCCUGGAGGCGUCUGUGGGUCAGACGAGCUCGACGAAGUCGGUGGUCACCUGUGUGAACGAGCUGUUCCACAAGGUAAGCCUGCUGGAGAACAACGAGCCGCUGCUGGAGAAGUUUGAGACCUCGAUGAAGCGCAUCAGCAAGGAGUACGAGGAAUCCAUCAUUGGGCGCCGGGCGACCAAGGACCCGGCGCUGCAGAAGCAUAUCACGGAGGACCUCAAGACCACCGACACCAAGGUCGCGGAGAUCUACAACUCAUACAACCUGCUCAAGAAGUACGCGGGGGUGCUGCCUGAUCUCAUAAACCGCGUUCAGUCGCUGAACACAUUGCAUCGCGAGGUCCGGGACGCCGCCACGACCGUCCAAGAUUUCGACCAGAACGUGGCCCAAUUGUCCGCGCAGGCGGACAGGUGGGACACGAUGCUUACGGAGAUGGAGGAGAAGCUUGACCAGCAUGAGGCUUCUUUUGAGAAGAACAAGGAGACCAUCUUCCAUUGGGUAAGCGCCCUGGAGGCCAAGCUCGAUGGCCAGAAGGGAUCAUCACUAUAA